CACCACCAUGAGGACCUGCCUGCGGAGACCCAGUCGUCUGGACCAAGCUGUCCAAUGGCUCUUGCUUUUGGCCGUGUUGAUCUCCUUAUUCUUUGUCCUGCCCUCCUUCGUUAAGGAACCCGAUACGAAACCUUUCAGUGAGUCUGUGAUACGGGACUUGGAAGAAGAAUGAGAGCAGACACAAGGGAGCUGCCUGGGACAAGAGUGACCACGAUGAGCCAGGGAGGCCCAGGACAUCAGGGAAAAAGAGCAGGAGUUAAGGACACCUGGAAAUCCAUUAGGAUGAUGGCUAGGUCACCAGAGAGGAUGAUUCUUUCUCCCAAGGCUCCCAGGAAUCGCCCCCCAAAACCUGUGAGCACAGAGACCCCCACCUCAAAGUCCAAUUACAGAACCGCGCUGAGCGGAGGACCCGCGCUUUUCUCAGAACACCUGACGCUAAUUUGCAUAAAUUAAGUGAUACUUUUGACGGCCUCGCACAAAAGAAGAGAAUGAAAAGAAAGUGAACGUAACCCUUGGAGUCAAAACCCUUGAGUGCCCCAAGCCAGACCAGGCACCCUGAAUGUAUCUUCUCCCACCGCUAGACCAAGCACCGUGCAGUGGAAUUCAGCUUAUGGGCCCCCACCCCCUUGCUUCGGCACCCUCCCCACCCCGCUCUCCCCCCUGAAAUUCUUCAGUAGCUCCUCCCGGACAAGAAGACCAACGAUGAAGUCCAAACUCCUUAGUCGGACCUACAAUGCAGAUAAUAAUCCGGUUCUGUCUACCCACUUGGGAUCAUCUCCUGCCCAGGCACAGACCCUUCCCUCGUGCCCACCAAGCUCACGUGCCCCCCGCCCGGGGUGAGACAUGUUCUGUACCGAAAUCGCACAAAUGUGUCUUCACUAGGGUUCCCCUUGCAGGUGGCUGGGAAACACACCUCGCAUCCGGGAUGUCCGGCAUCUAACGUGAGAUGGGGGCUCUUGACGAGUGAACACUUGCUGAGUACCGAGAUUUUUUCCCAACAAUGCCAACAGGCAAGCUUGUUGUUAGGCAGGGGUUGAAGUAAAUAUUUCAGGCCAAUCUUUCGAUCAAGGAUGGCAGCUAUAGUCUUGACAUGAAUGUAUAUUUUCCUACUCCCUUAUGAACGAGGUUACCUUUGUUACCUACCCUUCAUUAAAAAAAAAAAAAAAAAAAAAAAGAUGGGGCGCCUGGGUGGCUCAGUCGGUUGAGCGUCCGACUUCGGCUCAGGUCAUGAUCUCGCGGUUCGUGGGUUCGAGCCCCGCGUCGGGCUCUGUACUGACAGCUCAGAGCCUGGAGCCUGUUUCCAAUUCUGUGUCUCCCUCUCUCUCUGACCUUCCCCCGUUCAUGCUCUGUCUCUCUCUGUCUCAAAAAUGAAUAAAUGUUAAAAAAAUUUUUUUUUUAAAAAGUAAAAUUUAAAAAAAGAAAAAGAGAAAAGGUCAACAGCAUCCUACAGAUAUUAGUAACAGGGCGGAGUCCCAGUCAUCCCAGAGCCAGCGCAGAGAGGGCGCUGUCCAAGGUCAGCCUUGUCAGCGGCACUCCUGACGCCAGUUCCCAUAACAAACUCCAAGCCGCCACCGCCCGCUAUUUAGAGGUCACGGGUAAGUUUCCAGACCCAACGCCAACAGCUUAAUUUGGGGCAUAGGUGGCGAUACUCAUGUCUCGCGGAAACCGGUCUGAAGUCUACCCGAGGCACAAAAAGAAAUACCAUUUAUGCUUCAACCUGUUGAUACGAUCCUGGACCUUAAUCAAAGGGCACAUCCGUCCCUAGGCGUCAGCACAUGGAUGACGAGGAGAGAUCUUCAGGGUCGCCACACAAGUCUGCACGGCAGGCUCCCCCACGGGAAGGAAGGACAGCGGCUCCUGCAUCAUCGUCCGUGCGAGGGAACAGCGUGCAGGUGCCCCCGGCCCAGGCCACAGCCCACCCUGACAAGGGGGACAUCAGAGAAGAGACCGGUGGGGCCACCUCGACUGGGCCGGCCCCACCGAGGGGUCGAAAGAGGAAGGACACCGUGCUGGACACGCGGCCCCCGAGGUCAUGGGAUGGGGGAGUGGCCUCAGAGGCACUGUCACUGAGGAGUCAGGACGCGAGGACAACCAAAGGAAGGCAGGACCAGAAUGGGGAGCCCACGGCCACCAGGAUGGUGCCCUCGAAGCCUCGGGCCAAAGCGGCCACCACGGCAAGGACACCUGUGCCAGAAAGCCAGGCUGAGGCGCUGACCACCCCGGGAGCAGGGCCAAUGAAAGGAGUGGCCUCGGCCGUGAUGUCCCGCCGGGAGACACCCCGGGCCAAGCCACCCUCCACCCCUCGCCAGGCCCGCACCACACAGAGAAGCCGAAGUCUGCGGGCUGCCAACUUCAAGUCUGAGCCCCGGUGGGAUUUCGAGGAACAAUACAGCUUUGACGUGGGGGCCCUACAGACGACCUGCCCCGACUCAGUGAAGGUCAAGGCCUCCAAGUCACCCUGGCUGCGGACACUCUUUCUGGCCAACCUCACCCUCUUCCUGGACUCCAGCCACUUCAACCAGAGUGAGUGGGACCGUCUGGAGCACUUUGCACCACCGUUUGGGUUCAUGGAGCUCAACUAUUCGUUGGUGCAGAAGGUCGUGACCCGCUUCCCUCCGGUGCCCCAGCAACAGCUGCUCCUGGCCGGUCUCCCCGCCGGGAGUUCCCAGUGCAUCACGUGCGCCGUGGUGGGCAACGGGGGCAUCUUGAACAACUCUCACGUGGGCCAGGAGAUAGACAGCCAUGAUCACGUCUUCCGACUGAGUGGAGCGGUCACUAAGGGCUACGAACAGGAUGUGGGCACCCGGACGUCGUUUUACGGCUUCACUGCCUUCUCCCUGACCCAGUCGCUUAUGGCCUUGGACGGUCAGGGUUUCCGGCACGUGCCUCUGGGGAAGGACGUCCGCUACCUGCACUUCCUGGAAGGCACCCGAGACUAUGAGUGGCUGGAGGCGAUGUUUCUCAAUCAGAGCCUGGUGAAGACUAGCCUUUCCUGGUUCAGGCACAGGCCCCAGGUGGCUUUCCAGGGAGACCCGCCAUGGGACAGAUACCUGCUGCUGCACCCCGACUCGCUGCGGUACAUGAAAAACAGGUUCCUGAGGUCCAAGACCCUGGACACUGUGCACUGGAGAAUCUACCGCCCCACGACCGGCGCCCUCCUCCUGCUCACAGCCCUUCAGCUCUGUGACCAGGUGAGUGCCUAUGGCUUCAUCACCGUGGGCCACGAGCAAUUCUCUGAUCACUACUACGAUAAGUCCUGGAAAAAAACAGUCUUUUACAUCAACCACGACUUCCAGUUAGAGAGAACGCUCUGGAAGCGGCUGCACGAUGAAGGUAUAAUCCGGCUGUACCAGCGUUCCGUAACUUCCAAACCAAAGAUGUGACUGGAGCCUGGACAGCAGCGGUCUCCUCGGCCUUUCCGGGGCACGGGGCAGGGUGGGGGGUGUUGAGGCCUUCCGCCAUUUUCCCAGGGCUCAGUUUGGGCUCCAAGCCCCUCCAGACACCCCCGGGGACCACUGAGGAGAGACUCCCAAGAUGGCAAAGGACUGAGGUUUUGGAGACCUCGGAACAUCGCUACGGGUUCCGUUCAAAGGGAGGAGGACUCCGGUCUGGAGACCAAGGAAUUUGAACGAAAUGGCGUGAUGACUGGUCAAUACCACAGAUCCCUGCUGAAAUGCACCCUUCACUGUCCAGAAGAUGCUUGACACGAGGGGAAGAAGCCUGAACCUACGGACGCACGUCGAGAUGGCCUUUUUUGGUGUUUUGCCUGAGUAGGCUUUACACCCAAUGGGCGAGGAGCCCAUUGAGGGGCUUGAACUCAUGACCCUGAGAUCAAGACAUUCGCUGAGAUCGGGGCGCCCGGGUGGCUCAGUCGGUUGAGCGUCCGACUUUGGCUCAGGUCAUGAUCUCACACUCUGUGAGUUCGAGCCCCACGUCGGGCUUUGUGCUGACAGCUCAGAGCCUGGAGCCUGCUUCGGAUUCUGUGUCUCCCUCUGUGCACCUCCCCCGCUCAUGCUCUGUCUCUCUCUCAAAAAUACAUAAAAAUGAAGGAAAAAAAAAAAAAGAGGUUAGAGUGGGAGAGAGAGCCGAAGCAUAAGAGACUCUUAAAAACUGAGAACAAAGUGAGGGUUGAU